GACUAAAUCAUGUGGUGUAAUGACUUAAUCAUUACCACCAGCACGACUCUGUUAUUACACACAGGCAUCGUGAGGUAAAGUGCUCAUUUCUAACAUGACAGUGUGUCCAGUAAUAGCAGGUUAGCUUACAUAAUUACCGUUUUCUCUCACGCUCCGUUCUUAUAUAAAGCCCUUUGUACACUCAGUGCCUGCUGUCACACUGGGGACUGCAGGAGGGGGCACUUACUUUUUACUGUCUGUGCUUGGAGGAUCCUGAGUCAUGACCCAGACCUCAGCCAAUGGCUGCACCCAGCUGACCUUGACCUUUGCCCUUAUCCUGUCCCUUGGCCUGUUAUGUUGGCCCUUGGGAGAGGUCAGAGGUCAGACGGAUCUCCCUCCUGCUCUGAUCCUGCAGGAUCUGCUGAGCCGGUAUGGAGAAAACGGGACCAUCUCGGUGCCGCAGCUCCGGUCGCUCCUCGCGCACCUCAGCACGGAGCAGAGCGGAGAAAACACGCCGGACACGAAGUCCACGACUAACAACUCGACGUGUUUAGCCACAGGCACUCUGGCGGCUCAUGGUCUGAGUGAGAAGUCCCGUUUGGACGGGCUGGGCCUGCAGGAGUUCUGUCCCACCAUGCUGCAGCAGCUGGACUCUCGAGUGUGUCGAGAUGGACAGAACCAGGAACCAGAACCGAGCGCCAAACCUUCCAACGCUGAAGUGUGGGGUUACGGGUUCGUGUGUGUAACGGUGAUCUCGCUGUGUUCGCUGCUCGGCGCCAGCGUGGUGCCCUUCAUGAGGAAAACCUUUUACAAACGGCUGCUGCUCUACUUCAUAGCUCUGGCCAUCGGCACACUUUAUUCCAACGCGCUCUUUCAGCUCAUCCCCGAGGCAUUCGGUUUCGACCCCAUGGAGGCGUACUACGUGUCCAAAUCCGCCGUCGUCUUUGGAGGUUUCUAUCUGUUCUUCUUUACGGAAAAAGUCCUCAAGAUGAUCCUCAAACCGAAACACAGGGGAGGACAUGGUCACAGUCAUUUCCCAGUGGGAAAUGGUGAUAUGGAGGACGGAGUGAUGGAGAAGCUGCAGAACGGAGAGGCAGGAGGAGCUGUGUCCUUGCCUCGAGUGGACGGAGAGAUCAGAGAGGACGACAAAAUGCUGAGCGCCGGACAAACGGCGCAGGAGUCUCAGGGGGGCUGUUAUUGGUUGAAGGGUCGAGCGUAUUCUGAUAUCGGCACCCUGGCGUGGAUGAUCACUCUCAGUGACGGACUCCAUAACUUUAUAGAUGGUUUGGCCAUCGGCGCCUCGUUCACUGCCUCUGUGUUCCAGGGUAUCAGCACGUCGGUGGCCAUCCUGUGUGAGGAGUUUCCCCAUGAACUGGGUGACUUUGUGAUCCUGCUGAACGCAGGAAUGAGCAUCCAGCAGGCUCUGUUCUUUAACUUCCUGUCAGCGUGCUGCUGUUAUUUGGGAAUGGGAUUCGGGAUACUGGCGGGAAACCAGUUCUCACCGAACUGGAUCUUCGCUCUGGCAGGCGGAAUGUUCCUCUACAUCGCCCUGGCUGACAUGUUUCCCGAGAUGAAUGAAGUGAGUCGUGAGGAAGAGGAAGCUGGAGGAAGCGCAAACCUUGUGACCUUCGCCAUCCAGAACGCCGGCCUGCUAACCGGUUUCAGCAUCAUGCUCCUCCUGACUGUUUACUCAGGACAGAUACAGCUCGGAUAGCACCGGACAUGACAUGCACUCAACCUGACCUUUAAUCUUUAACCCCUCCCUCGGAUUGAGGAUCUGCCCAAUGAGAAGUGAGUACGGGACUCGGAUUUGAGCUCUGAGCCUGAAAUUAACUGUGCAAUGUUGGACGAACUCAGAGGAGCUGCUGAUAGGCUCGAGGAGAAAAAAAAACUCACUCUGAACCAAUUCAGAUGCAAAAUUACAACUUUAACUGACGUACAAUAUGCAUUUGUAAUUUUUCCUCCUUUUUCUCUGUAUUGCGAUAUAUUUUCUUUAGUUUUUGUCCCUUGUUUCCUUGUCCCUGUCUUCACCAUGAUGGACCGGUUUGAGGAGAACACUUUGAUCAUCUAAUAGACCACACUACCUGCUUCACCUCCAUGUUUAGUCAGUUGUCACGUCAUUUUUAACGCUCAAAGUUUGGUUUCAGUGCUACAUUUGAAAAGUAUUUGAAGUUCGCUGACCGUGUUGUAGACAAGCUCAAGUUCCUGGUUUCAUUCUCGGCUCCUGCUACGAACAAACACUGAUAUAAAAUAUAACAUAGUGCGAAUCUCAAAGUAGACGACUAGACUGCAAAUUUUUACUAAAAGGCAAAUCUAUGUUUUUGUUCUCUGAUAAACAUUUAACUAAAACUAAAAUCCUCUCAGAAAUCCUGUCAGUUUAGCUCAUGUUUAUCAGAUAGCUAGCAUUAACAGAUAAACAUUUAUGAACUAAAAUCCUCCCAGGAAUCCUGUCAGUUUAGCUCCUGUUUGAUUUUACUCAAAGAGGCAAGAUUUUCUCAGAUCCUGUCAUCAGCUGAUGUUAGCCAGCUAGCUAGAAGAUGGCAUGAAAUCCUCUCAGAAAUUGUCUCAGUUUAGCUUAUAUUAAUCUGCUCACUAGUUGACUAGUUUUAAAAAUCUUGUCAUUAGUUACUAUUCUCCUAGAUUUAAAAUCCUGUCAGGUUAGCUCAUGUUAACUUACUUACUAGCUAGCUAGCAUUACCAAAUGAACUUUUACUAAUAAAAGUUUAAAUCCUGUCAGAAAUCCUGUCAUUAGUUACAGUUCUCCAUCUAGCCAUUGUUAUGAUUAAAAAUCCUGUCAGAAAUCCUGUCAGGUUAGUUCAUGUUAGCUAGCUAGCAGAUAAACAUUCCUGAAUAUGAUUUAAAAUCCUCUCAGAAAUCCUGUCAUUAGUUAAUGUUCCCUGUUUAGCUAACAUUACGAUUAAAAAUUCUUUCAGAAAUUCUGUCAGGGUAUUUCAUAUUAGCUUGUUAGCUAGCAUUAGCAGAUAAACAUUCCAGAAUAUGACUUAAAGUCCUCUCAGAAAUCCUGUCAGGUUUGCUCAUGUUAGCCAGCUAGUUCCACUGAAGGAUGAUUCAGCACAAAAAAAAAAAAAAGAAAACAAUCUGUGAAAAGAUAGUGGCAGGGAUUCGACCCACUUCUCCAAGGUUACAUGGUAAGGUGAAGUCAACAAGAGCGUGUUGUUUUGGAAAGUAGUGAAGUUGUAGGUCACAAAAUGUAAUAAACCAGAAAUAUUCACUAAAGUGUUACUGAACACUUAAUAUUCUGCCAUCUUGUAACUAAAUUUAUUCAUCAUGAGCUGUUAGCAUCUCGAAGGUCAUAUAAAUAAUGUAGUUUUCUAGCUGGAGUUUGGCACAUUCUCAUGCUAGCAUGUAAACAUGCUAAACAUGCUAAUUUAGCCCUUAGCUUUGCGUUGGCUGCCAUUUUUAUUCCAAACCGCAUUCCAGAGCAACCCAAACAGCACAACACAACGCCACCAUCAUUGUGGAUAAAACAAAGUGCAGGCACUAUUGUGUGGCAAUGUUUCUUUAUUUUGUAUUUUUGUAUUAUUUCCCAAAGAAUCGUAAACUGACUUCUAGUAGACCAAAUAUGCGCCUUUAUUUUACUCUUGCUUCUAUGCUCUUUCCUUUCUAAGAUGUAGUUUGUUUGGUUUUUUUUUUUUUUUUUUUUCAUCUUCUUUUGUCCAUCGCUGUUAUAUGUCUUUAUAUGAUGAAGUUCUUAUCCUGACAUGUAGUCUCAUAUUUAUUUAAUUUGCUGUAUGUAUUAUACACAGGAGCCUGUCUGGGUUCCUUUAAUGUAAUACGUUAAUGCGUAACACUUUACAUUAAGGUUCCUUUAACUAUUUCCUGUGUUAGAUAACAUUAGCAAGCCAUAAAUUUGAGCAUUAUUACAACUUAAAUAAUGUUAACAAACUUAAGAUUUAUGCAAAUGAUUAAUAAUUAAAUGUAAAUAUAAAAUUAGCACUAUAAACUUCAAUUAAAACAGGUGUUAAUUAAUUGCUGCCAUUACUUAUAGUGUAUUAAUACUGACAGUAAUACUGAUUAAUAUAAACAAUCGUUCCCUCACAAGCGUCUCUUUUUUCUCUCGUAAACAACAAACGCAGCUUGUGAUGUCACCAAGAAACCACAAAAACAUCCGUUCAGCAGAUUUUCCUGUGUUGGAAAACUUAGUUACAUCUUUACCGCUGACUGUCUGACACUGGAGACUCCUUCCUCAUCUCCUCACAGGAAACUUCACAAUGGAACAAUUAGACAUUUUUUUAAUCAUUUUACAUGGAGUGUCCCUGUGAAUAAGCGGUUACUAUAGAAACAAUAACAUAUUAGCACAAGUGUAUUAAUAUAAACCUGUGAUUUGAAUUACAGAUGGAACUACAGUCAGAGCUGCUUUUAGAGAAAAUUAAUCAACACUAUCUGACCAAUCAGAACCGAGAAUUCAACAGUGCUGUGGUAUAAAUAUUAGUUAAUUCAUUUUACUUUGCUACUUUAACAUGAAGUAAGAUUGAUUAAUGCUGAGGUUUAUGGUUUAUUAAUGUUAAUUAACGCAUGGAACCUUGAUGUGAAGGGAACUUAUGGUUCUGGAUUGGCAUCAUGGGGUCAUCAGGGGUCAGAUAUUGAAAGUCUCUUACAGCGAAAGGAUUAACAAACAUGUUUUUGAGUCUAAUUUUAAAGACACCAUUUGAAAUCUGUCUUCCAAGUGAUUUGUACAACUUGCUGAGACCUAAAUUUUGUUUAAAAAGGGAAUUUGAGUGAUAUCAGCACAAGCAUAAACACUAUUACAUUUCUUUUUGUUCUCCGUUGGUGUUUUAAAGGGAUCAGACUCUUUAAGUACACCUCCCAUGCAGGUCACUUUGCAGGUAUCCAGAUGUGGUCCUGUUGUGGUUCCUUUCCUUUGAUAGAUGGAUUGAUGAAUUAUUGUGCAACAGAUGCGCUAUGGCCAGUAAUUGUACACCUACAGUGACCUAUAUGGUAUGUUUUAACUGAUAAAAUGACCAAUCAGUGCAGCUACAAUAUGGUCACAGCUAAUAAGUUGUUAAUAACGAGUUACUGCGUGACCAUGUUUGAAGAUGUUUGAAAAUCGGAAAGACCCUGGAAGAAAUGUAAAACAGUAUUUUGCUUUUGUUAUUGUGUAUCUUUUUUUUUUUCCCUUUCAAUUUUGCAGUGCAAUGAAUUUUGUCUCUGGAACAUAUUUUGAGUUUUUACUUGCAAGGGAAGCUAAGGCCUGUUCUUUGUACGUGGAUUAGUGAGUUAGCUCGAUUGGAUUGUUGAGAAUUUUACAUUUUUAUGGGUUUGUUUUACCAAGACAAGUCCGUAAACUCAAAUCUGCUAUUAAACAUAAAGAAGAUUAGAUAGCGCAUUUACAAGCGGUUUAAAUUGGCUUGGAAAAACACACACAGCAUAUUUUGUAAUAUAUCUCACAAUUAUUAAAACAAUCUCACGUAAUUCUGCUCUUGUCUAAAGUUAAGAGUCUAGAGCUGGAGUUUUUCAGUUGCUACUUAUAAUGUUCAUGAUAGAUAUUUGUUAAUUUAAGUUGUAGCAUGGGAGACGUGAGACAUCACAACUGCCGUCUCAGCAUAAUUAUGUGACUGUUAUACAUACACUCUCAGAGAUAAAGGUACCUCUACUCUCUGUACUUCCUCUUGUCGCUGGAUCGCUACUAUUAAGGGUACGUCUUUGUUACCUGAAAAUGUGAAAAUAGUGUACAUUUAAAAAUAUUUUAAGGUAUUUAAGUGGAUACUACUCUUUAUGGUAAGAGCAGCAUCAAGGAAAAGUUACUGUAACUUCAUUUCUGAGAGUGUAUAUUUUAAAAAAUGGUGUUAUUUUAUAUUGGUGUUUUCAAAACCACUUAAAUGUAUUGUGCUUUUGAAUUGUGUGAACAAAAUGUCAUCAUUUCAACCACUCGAAAUAGCAAACACACUAGCUAAGAUUGGCACAAACAUUAUGAGUUCCUGACACUCAUUUAGUCUCCUAUAGCCACUUUAUAGUAAACAGUGUAUGUCUCACUACACUGUGCUAAAAAAAAAAAAAAAAACCUUUAAUGGCCUCUCCAGGCUUCCGUACCAUUCGCCAAUCGUUGACUCGCUGAUUACGAUUUUGAGUCUCGAGUUAUCUGCCCUUUCCAGGCAAACCAGGAGUGUGCAUUUAUCUCGAACAACUCAAUCCAGCUAAAUUAAUCAAAUUCCCAGGUGCGUUUGAAGAACUUAAAUAUCCCGUUUGGAUUGAUCACCAUUAGCGAAUCUUGCAUACGUCAUUUUAUCUUGGAAUCACAAAUCGACGUACAAAGAACAGGGCCCUGUUUUGUAUUAUAAAUAUUAUUGUAUUAUUAUUAUUGUUAUUAUUGUAAAAUUAUUCUUUAGAAUUGUUAGUGGUAGUAGUCUCAGUUGCAGUGAAAUAUGUUGCAGUGUAUGUGAGAAACCUGUCCCUGUUCCCUACAUGCUGCACUAUUUUCCAUUUAGCAGUAAUGAAAUCCCUCAAUGCGUGGAGGAUACAUCGAUGAUGUAGCUUAGCUGCUACCGCGAUGCGUUUUGAAAGAGGACGAUGCAGGAAAAAAUACGGCGGUGGAUAAAUGAGGUUACUUGUGAUCUGUAGUGGGUAUGAAAUAUUUAUUAUGGGAUUAAAUAAAAGUGGGUGGAGCCAUUUAUACACGGCAAAUGUGUCUGGAUCUUCAAGCUGGAACAUUUUGUUUUAUUUUAUGUUGAAAUUUUGAGUCUGUAUAUGAACAUCGAUAUAUGUGUUUUUUGUUUGUAUUGCUGGAAAUGGAGCGAAGGAGGACAAGUGUUAGGUGUGUGUGUGUGUGCGUGUGUGUAUGUCUGCAUCAGAACUCAAGCCAAUGUGUAUUUAAAUGAACAGUUUGGCCACAAAUGAAAUGUACACAAUUAUUGCCCUUAGCUGAAAUGUUUAGUACAAAGCUAAAUUGGUAGCUUUUAUUACUUGUUAGCUCCAGUGCAAAAAUUAAGAAGCAAAACUCUGACCUGACACAUGCUUUGGGAAACUUGUGUACACUUCAUUCCAUUUUUUGGCUGAACUUCUCCUUUAAUCAUGACUAAGCCAUUGUUUCAGCAGCAAGUGUUUGAGAAAUGUGUUUAUUUGAUAUCUGUUGUACUCAAGCCAUCAAUGCAAUAGUUUGUGCAAUGAAUGAAAUGACACAAUUUCAAUGCAAAGAAAAAAAUGUAAAAUGUGUUUUAGGUGAUUAUAAGCUGAGUAAACUGCAGGCAGGUCUGUUAGAUUGAAACACUCCUCAUACCUCUUGAUUAGCAGAUAAUAACAGCUGAUAUGCAUAUUAAUUAUUUUUAAAGCGUAAUAUACAACAGUGCUUUGCUUUAGGAGAAAAGCAGCUUUCUCGGCUGAACACUGUAGACUUCAAAUUAUUUUUAGUUUAUUCGGACCUCGUUGUUACUGUAAGGAAUGUCGUGGUGCUCCAUUUAGCCCUGAGCGUCCUGACAUUCUUAUUAAAGGAGCAGUUUGUAAUACUGUCAGUGAGGUGAUUUGCAAUUCCAAUAAAAUGUUUAUAAGCCACGCCCCCAACUGACUCCACCCCUUUUGUUGAAAAUACAUUUGCCUCUUAAGGAAGGAGUUUCAGUGGAAAGCUUGGAUACUGGUGAUGGGCGGAGCUCAUUUCAGGGCCAGAAAGCCCGAAAUGAAGAAACAAGCAAGAUCCCAUUACACUGCUGUAUUGCUCUCAGUUCUCUUUUAUAGUAAUAUGGUUUGUAGAGGUCUGAAAACAAAUGUCAACAUUGCAAACUGCACCUUUAAUAUUUAUGUGAACUUUACCAUGAGAAUAGUAAACAACAUUUAAAACAACUGCAUAUAUUUACUGUGAUCCUUGGAAGAAACUUAGUAAAAUAGUAAGAGCUGGACCCUCAUAAACGUGUGCAAAGGAUUAUCUUUUAGUACCUACUGUCAACAAAAUUUGUUAUUGUGUGUGUUUUUCUUUUUAUUGUAAUGUAUAAAUCACCAUCUUUGAAAA